AUGGUGUUACCAGAUUUUUUUACGGUACUCCUCAUCCUGGCUGUGAACCCCUCAGAGUCACAGACAUCUCUUCUGCCAAAUUCAAUGGUCUUUUUCUCAGUCCUCAUUCUUCUAUCACUUAACCCCAAUUCUUCUCUGGGGUUCAGUUCAAUAGCAGAAACUGAAGAUGCCCUACUGAGGAACUUAUUCCAAGGGUACCAGAAAUGGGUUCGCCCUGUAUUGAAUGCCAAUGAUACCAUAAAAGUGUAUUUUGGGUUAAAAAUAUCUCAGCUUGUAGAUGUGGAUGAAAAGAAUCAGCUGAUGACAACAAAUGUAUGGCUUAAACAGGAAUGGAUAGAUCAUAAGUUACGUUGGAACCCUGAUGAAUAUGGUGGAAUUAGCUCCAUUAAAGUUCCAUCUGAAUCUCUUUGGCUUCCUGAUAUAGUUCUUUUUGAAAAUGCUGAUGGACGCUUUGAAGGUUCUCUAAUGACCAAGGUUAUAAUAAGACAUAAUGGAACCAUUGUUUGGACUCCUCCAUCCAGUUACAAAAGCUCAUGCACAAUGGAUGUGACGUUUUUCCCAUUUGACCGACAGAACUGUUCAAUGAAGUUUGGUUCCUGGACUUAUGAUGGUACUAUGGUUGACCUUGUUUUAAUCGAUGAAAACGUUGAUAGGAAUGACUUUUUUGAUAAUGGAGAAUGGGAAAUACUCUAUGCCAAAGGCAUGAAAGGAAACAGAAGGGAGGGUUUGUAUUCUUACCCGUACAUUACAUAUUCUUUUGUUCUGAGGCGCCUGCCUCUAUUUUAUACCCUUUUCCUCAUCAUCCCCUGUCUUGGAUUGUCUUUUCUGACUGUCCUUGUCUUUUAUUUGCCUUCUGAUGAAGGAGAAAAACUCUCACUCUCCACAUCGGUUCUAGUUUCUCUGACUGUUUUUCUCCUAGUGAUUGAAGAAAUCAUUCCAUCAUCUUCAAAGGUCAUCCCUCUGAUUGGCGAAUAUCUACUAUUCAUCAUGAUUUUUGUCACGCUGUCCAUCAUUGUCACAGUCUUUGUUAUCAAUGUUCAUCACCGCUCUUCUUCCACUUACCAUCCUAUGGCCCCGUGGGUAAAAAGAUUGUUUCUCCAAAAACUACCAAAACUUCUCUGCAUGAAGGGCCCUAUUGAUCGCUACCCAUUCCCAGAUGUGGUAGAAAGCCAGCCAGAAGCUAAAGCAAAAAUGCCCACAAAGCAGAAGCAGAAGCAAAUGAAAGAUGGAGAAAAAGUACUGGUUGCCUUUUUGGAAAAAGCUGCUGAGUCCAUUAGGUACAUCUCUAGGCAUGUGAAAAAAGAGCAUUUCAUCAAUGAGGUUGUCCAAGACUGGAAGUUUGUGGCUCAAGUCCUUGAUCGUAUCUUCCUUUGGCUAUUUCUGCUAGUAUCAAUAACAGGUUCUGUUCUGAUAUUUACUCCAGCUCUGCAGAUGUGGCUAAACAGUUAUCAUUAGAAAUCAUUUUUUGUGAUAGUUUCAAUAAUGCUAUAAGGAUGGAGCUAUCUCUUAGAAUCAAUAUUUAAUUAGCAUAUAUUCAGCAGCAUAAUGAGCAUACUUAUAAAAAUGGCCCUGAUCCUAAGCUAAGAAUAAAUUCCUGCCCAGAAGAGAAGCUUCCCAAAUUUGGGUUUACCAAUAAAUGAUUUCAUAUUCUUGGGUCCCCAUUAGACUGAAGUAGGCACAAAAAGGAGGAAACUUCCUCAGGCACCCAGGCAAAGCUAAAACUAAGAUUGAGUGACCAGAACUUUGGUCAAGAAUAGCAAGACUUAGAAAGAGCACUAAUAAUACUUUUAGUUUUUCAGUAGCAUAAAAACAACUGAGCUGAACAUCUAGCUAGUAGGAAGAAUUAAUUAAAACAAUAAACUACCAAAUGACCAGAUACCUCCCCAUGGGGACUGUGGUUAAGAUGAACUCUUCUUCAGUUCCUUCUUACCUUAUUUGCUCACUUUUUCUCAAUCAGAAAGAAUUCUCCUUCCCCAGCAGUAGCCUUAGUGUUUUCUUCUAUCUCCUCCCAAAUGAAUUGAAGGCAUUUUCAGAGUAUAUUUUGUUCUGCUUACCCCAGACACAAAAAUUGCCAGUCAUCUUUCUGCUUCCACUUCUAAGUUCUUUUCUCUUAUCCAGAGACAGUUUGGUAUUGGAAACAGGUUGGGAAUAUAGAUGUCCAAAGAGUAGUCAUCUGAUAAAGAACCAAGAACCUGAGGAAUGAUCUCUCUC